AAGGAAAUUCUAAACGUCCUAGCGCUAUUCUCAAUUAAUUCAGUCUUUACGGGUACGAGAUGAUGCCAUAGUAAUAUUAUACUGAGAUAAUCACAACAAUGCAUUUCUGAGCCUGCUACUCGAGUACUGUACGAGUAUCAUACAUAAGUUGAUCCAUUCUUCCAAUAGUGGUAGCAAUCAGGGUUAGGGCCUGUACCGAACUCGGGAAAGCCGGGUAACCACAUCAAUUCUUUAUUUCCAUUUCCACCAAGCUUCUAGCACACCCACCCCACCGCCCAUCUCUACCAUGCCGAUAAAAGUCACGAGAGAAGACUUCCUCUGGACCAAUGGACGUGGCCACAACCAAAAACCUAUCCUCUACUCUCAAAAAUUGAACAAUUACGGCAUCGGUUCGCCUCACCUCCCCGCUUCCCCCAUUGCAGCGCUUGAAGUUUCCGGGAUGCUGAUUUGGUGGUAUGAGCAGGCAAAAAGCAGCACAGCUCUGACCAAUGGUGGGAGAAAGCCUUCGAUAACCAGCUCAAGAACCUCGAUGUGGCGAGCGCAGGUGGUGUGGUGACAGUUACCCAAAUCGCCAAGAACGUAACCCCCAUAGGAUUGGAAAGGAUUGCGAGGUUUUAUAUCCGUUUUGUGAGGGGGGGCGUGCUUCACGGUGGCAAGGAGAUUGCCGGGGCCGAGCGGGAUGACGGGGAAGUUGCGACUGAGAGCGGGGCUGAGCGGAAGAGCAGGGGGGAGAAGAGGGAGAAGAAGGAUAAGGAUAGACGGAAAGGAAGGGGAAGUAAAGAUGGAAAGAGAAAAAACAAGGAGGGCGACGAAAAACGGAAAGAGCGGAGAUUGCUCAGGAGGAUGGUAAAGAAGGAAAUGGCGGCAUUGAAAGGGAGGGAAUAAUGAGUUGUUAGAGGGGACGAUGGUCGCUGGAUAGCGAGUUCUCAUGGCUUGUGCGGUGGUUCCUCCGGACAUUAUCGGCGUUUCGGGAGUCUGCAACCAAUAGACUAGCUGGGGUCGGGUUUUGCACAAUUCCUCUACAAAAGGUAUAGAAAAAGCGUCCAUUUCUCUAGAAAGGGCUACUAUUAGGCCCCUUCUAUUUCUGUUACUUGUAUCAAUAGAACUAUCUUAUACAUAAAGUGUGAGUGCCAUCAGACACCAUCGGUGAGCGCCCAUUCGUACGAGGGCGGACGAGUAGCAUAGUGGCAUCGGUGGCUUCCAUGAGGAGCAAGUUCAUGAUCCCCUCCUCCAACCCCAGAGAGGGUAAAAAUUAAGAAACGAGGGAUGUAUAGAAUAGAUCCAUCGAGAAGCUCCUCCUCCAGGACAUUAGGUUCAUUCCCCGAGAAUUCCCACAAAACGUACCAUUGCCACCCACCCCACCAAAAGAAAAAAAACAUCACAACCACACUCGAGCUCUCAAGUCGCCGGACCGAUUAGCCCUUUUCGUAGUGUGCUACCGCCAAAAAAAAUUAAAAAAUUAAAAAAACGCAGCGCGAAUCCGGCGACUGAUCCCAGUGGGAGAUUUCCAGUUCCUCAUUGGUCAGAUCACCCCUGAAUCCCCACUUAAUAG